AAACAUCCCAACACACCACCAUCUCCCUACAAUAUCAUCAUCAUUACAUGGCGCACCACCCAUCAGCACCAGGAGCAGGAGUGGUUGUUCUUAUUCUCCACAACACUCUCUGCUUAAAAUGCGCACCCUCUCCAUAAAACCUUCUUCAUCUUCUCUACCUUUCACAUGCAAUUUCCACCUUUCUCCUCCUCCUUGUUCCUUUCUCUACAGCUUUAGGCCCAGCAAGCGUUUUCAUUUCUUCAAACCAUGCUCCUCUCUCAGGCAAACUAAGAAACAGCAAUCGUUUCAGAAGAGUCCGAGCAGCGCUCCGCAGAGCCUCAGGUGGUUCUUGAACCCUAAGAGCGAUGAUGAUGAUAAGAUCAAGGUCGAUGGCGAUGGUGAGAGCGGAGGGGGAUUGGAAGGGGACACUGCCGUUAAGGGUACACUUUUGGCUGGAGUUUUGCUAGUCGGUGUUGUGGGGGGUUUUGGUACUGUGGGGUAUAUCUACAAGGAACAGAUAAAUGCCUUCUUGAGUCAGUUCUCCACGUUUAUUGAUGGUUAUGGCCCAGCAGGAUAUGCUUUAUUCGUGGCAGUUUAUGCAGGAUUGGAGAUUCUUGCAAUUCCAGCCAUUCCGUUGACAAUGUCAGCUGGUCUUCUUUUUGGGUCUGUCAUUGGAACCAUCAUAGUUUCUAUUAGUGGAACAGUUGCUGCAAGUGUUGCCUUUCUAAUCGCCAGAUAUUUUGCUCGAGAGCGGAUUCUUAAAUUAGUGGAAGGAAAUAAAAAAUUCCUUGCAAUUGAUAAGGCAAUUGGUGAAAAUGGCUUCAGGGUUGUUACCUUACUAAGAUUGAGUCCUUUGCUUCCUUUCUCUUUGGGAAAUUAUCUGUAUGGCUUGACAUCUGUGAAGUUUGUACCAUAUGUAUUGGGAAGGUCCGUCUUUUCACACAAAGGAUUCUUAUUUUAUUCUUGGCUAAUGCUUGCUACUGUCUAUAAUAGGUUUUAGAUUAAUUGCUUUAGUUCCCUUGGCUCUCCGCUCUUUUGCUUAAUCUAAUAUUCAACUUAUAGGUGAUUUCAUUGUUAUGCUUGAAGUGCAGAGACAUGAUUGCAUUUGCCAUUAUAGUUACUUGCAUAUGAGAAGGUUAGAUUGCGUAUAUGUAUGAUGUGUUAACAAAAGAGCACAGGAGAAAUGUACUGCAUGGUUAUUGUUUCUGCAACAGUAGAUUUGCUUAUCUCAUUUCUCUCUCUUUUGUCAAGGUUUACAGUUUUAGAUACUCAAUAUAGUUGGAAUAAAAAAUUUGGCUAUAAACUUUUUUGAGGAAAUGUCUAUCCAUCUAGGUUGGAAGUUAUGAGAGAAGUUAUCAUUUUUUUCUACCUGAACUCUUCAUGUCUUUGAAAAUAAAAAAUGGAUCCCUACUUAAAAAUGUAUUGUUACUGUCACUGGUUAGAAAUUUCCUAGUAAUACAACCUUUUCAUUAUUGCUGGAACUUCAGUGAGCUCUUAUCAUUCAGGGGAACUCCCAGUUGUUCAUAAAAAGUUAGUUAUCUGUUAGUU